AGUGACAUUGCAGUGUGAUCCCGACAUGUCGGCUAUGGUAAUGAAUGCUGCUACAGAAAUGCCGAAGAAUACAUGUGAAACGCCAGAGCAAGAUGCGUGUUUAAAAGAUAUAAAUGUAACGGGAUCACAAGGCAGUGUAGAAGAAAACCGUGAAGAACGGCCACAAAGUAAACCUGAAUGUAAUGUUAAUGAUGCAAGUCCUGAAGCAGUAUCUGUGGAUCAGUCAAACACCUCUACGCCUGACUUGAAAUUCUGGACUACGCAGAGAGAUGGCUGUGUGGCGCUGCGGACCGAAGAGUCUGGUGUAGCCAGUCUCCCUCCAGUCACCAUUCACCAGUUGUUUGAAGAUUCUGUUCAGAAAUAUGGUGAUUAUGUUGCUCUGGCAUCAAAACAGGGAGAUCAGUGGCACAAAUUAACGUACAAACAAUACUAUGAACAGUGCAGGAUAGCAGCCAAAGGAUUCCUUAAGUUGGGCCUUGAAAGAUACCAUGGGGUUGGAAUCCUGGGGUUCAAUUCCUCAGAGUGGUUCAUUUCUGACAUAGGAGCCAUACUUGCUGGAGGGUUUGCUGUAGGUAUCUACACAACAAAUUCUGCAGAGGCUUGUCAUUAUGUGGCAGAGAACUGUGAGGCCAACAUUCUUGUGGUAGAAAAUCAUAAACAACUGCAAAAAAUUCUUCAAGUUCAGGAUCAGCUCCCCCAUUUAAAGGCAAUUGUGCAAUACAAAGAUGAACUAAAAGAGAAGAAGCCCAACCUAUACACGUGGGCUGAAUUCAUGCAACUUGGAAAAGAUGUCCCAGAUGCUGAACUGGACACGAUUAUCUCCUCACAGAAUCCUAAUCAAUGCUGUACCUUGAUCUACACCUCUGGAACAACGGGACUGCCAAAGGGGGUUAUGCUGAGCCAUGAUAAUAUUACCUGGACAGCAGCAGCGGCUGGAAAGACUGUACGUCUCAGGGAGGCCACUGACCAACAAGAAAUGGUUGUUAGCUAUUUGCCACUUAGCCAUAUUGCAGCACAGAUGAUUGACAUCUGGCUAACUAUGAAGUAUGGUGGAGCCACGUAUUUUGCACAGCCAGAUGCUUUAAAGGGGUCAUUGGCAAACACUUUGAGAGAAGUGAGGCCAACAGCCUUCAUGGGUGUUCCUAGAGUAUGGGAAAAAAUGCAAGAGAAAAUGAAGGCUGUUGGGGCCAAGUCUUCAACAAUCAAGCGCAAGGUAGCCACUUGGGCAAAAGGAGUGGGCCUAGAAACCAACCUAAAGAGAAUGAAUGGUGCUUCUCCACAACCAGUGAGGUAUCAUGUGGCGAAAAAAUUGGUAUUUAAAAAAGUGCGCAAAGCUCUAGGACUGGAUCGCUGUACAAAAUGUUACACAGGAGCGGCACCCAUCACUAAAGACACCUUGGAGUUCUUCCUUAGCCUCAAUAUUCCAGUAUAUGAACUGUAUGGCAUGAGUGAAAGUUCAGGUCCACACACCAUCUCUCUACCUGAUGCCUUCAGAAUCAUGAGCUGUGGGAAAGUAAUAUCUGGCUGUAGAACACAAAUUUACCAACCAGACAGCGAUGGCAGUGGAGAAAUCCUGUUCUGGGGACGCCAUGUCUUUAUGGGAUAUCUCAAUAUGGAAGAUAAGACAAAAGAGUCUUUGGAUGAGGAGGGCUGGCUACAUUCAGGAGAUCUUGGGAAGCAUGAUGAUAAAGGAUUCCUGUUCAUCACUGGAAGGAUUAAAGAGCUAAUAAUCACUGCAGGUGGAGAAAAUAUCCCUCCUGUCCCCAUUGAAGAUGCAAUAAAGGAACAGAUACCAAUAAUAAGUAAUGCCAUGGUUAUUGGAGACAAAAAAAAGUUUCUGUCAAUGCUUCUUACACUGAAGUGCAAUAUGAAUCAGGACUCUGGAGAUCCUGAAGAUGAGCUGACUACAGAGGCCAUCGAGUUCUGCCAGAAAAUUGGAAGCAAAUCCACUAAGGUGUCUGACAUUGUAGGGCAUAAAGACAAGUUGGUGUAUGCUGCAAUUCAAGAAGGUGUUAAUGCUGUAAAUGAGAAAUCCUCUUCAAAUGCACAGAAGCUUCAGAAGUGGCUCGUUCUGGACAAGGACUUUUCAAUUGGAGGAGGAGAGCUUGGUCCUACAAUGAAAUUGAAGAGACCGGUGGUGUCCAAAAUGUACAAAGACCAAAUUGACAGCUUUUACUUGGAUGCUCUAACCCCAUCUGAUAACUCCAUUCCAACCAAGUAG